GCGACACGGGACAGCUUCCAAGGCCGGGCGGGGACAGUCCUAGGGACCCCCGGCUUAGCCCAGGGACCUCGCUCAGCCCCAGGAACCCCGCUCAGCCCCAGGGACCCCCCGCUCAGCCCCAGGAACCCUCGCAAGGACGGUGCCCCUUGGCCUGUCCCCGCCGGCUGCUCCUGCAGUGGCAGAGCCGAACGCCGCCCGAGGAUCCAUCCCUGUGCCCGCCCCACGGGAGGGAUGCUCGGAGGGGUCUGUCAUCUUUCCGGGGCCCCUCUGCAAACCCCGCCGGGUUCAGUGUGUGCUGCCGAGCGGCGUGCCCGGCAGCUGUGUCCCCUGGGCAGGACGGGGGUCACUUCCAGCGUGAAGCAGUCCCUGGUGCCUGAAGAGCAAGGAGAUGAAGCCCACUUCCCUGGGAACUCUGUCUGAGCAGGUGCUGGGGUGUGCUGGCGAGCACAGACCCCUGCUCCGGGCACUGUGCGUUGUCCCUGUGACGGGGACGAUGCCAAUCAUCAGCGGGGUGGUCCAGGUCCCACCAGGACACGGCUCUGGAGCAGGCAUGCGGGCACCCCGCGGCUCUGCACAGCCCCUCCCGUGGGCAGCAUCCAGGGGCCCCGCGGCGCCGCGAUCCCGUUUGUCCUGAUUCCUGGGCAGGGAGGUGCGGAGGCCUGAAUGGCUGCUGUGGGGAUCAGCCGGGUGGUUUUCCAGCCCGGUGUGUCUGUCAAGUGCGCUCCCUGGCCGAGGGCUGAGGAUGAAUCCCAGGUGCACGUGCCGUUUGCGAGGCAGGACGCGCGUCAUGCCUGUCCCGGGUUAAUGGCUGGCAUCCCGCUCCACCUGCCACUGUGCCGCCGGCACCCACGGCCGCGCUGCCCAGCCGGCUCUGCUCCGCAGCCACAGGAAAACCCAGGGCUCCGGGGGCCCAGCCGCUGCCGGGGUGCCCGCUCGCCCGGUGGCAUGGACACAUGGACCCGGCGCGGCGCUGCCUUCGACUGCGUGCCGCAGCCGGCAGCCUGCUGCCCUGACUGGAUGGCGGAGCUGCCCGACGCCCUGCCCCUCUCCCGUCUCUCCAUCCCGGGCACCCACGACUCCCUCAGCCUGUUCGGCGGCCGGCGCCUGCGGUGCCAGAGCUGGGGCCUGGAGGCGCAGCUGGCGGCAGGUAUCCGCUUCCUGGACGUGCGCUGCAAGCUGUGGCGGGGCGAGCUCCGCAUCUACCACCUGUGCACCUUCCAGCGGGCCAGCCUGCGCGGCGUCCUGCGCCGCACCCUGCGCUUCCUCCGCGCCCACCCCGGCGAGGCCGUGCUGAUGCGCAUCAAGGAGGAGCUGCCCAUCUUCUCCCGGCCCGGCUUCGCUGCCCAGCUGCAGCGCUGCCUGCUGGAAGAGGGCCAGGGCUGCGUGUGGUGCCGGGAGGAGGUGCCCACGCUGGGCCAGGUGCGCGGGAAGAUCGUGGUGCUGGAGGCGCUGGCGCGGGAGGUGCUGGGCAUCCCCUACGAGCAGCUGAGCAUCAGCGACGCCUGGAACGUGCUCUCGCUGGAGCGCAAGUGGGCCCGGGUGAGGCGGCACCUGGAGAAGGCAGCCGGCGGAGACCCCAGCACCAUGUUCCUCACCUUCUGCUCCGGCAAUGGGCUCUUCACGUGCCCCGAGCAGGUGGCCCGCUUUGUGAACCCCCGCUGCUGCCAGCACCUGCGGCGCCGGGCCGGGCAGCCCGUGCGCUGGGGGGUGGUCAUCAUGGACUUCCCCGGCUCGGGCCUCCUUCGCCUCAUCGUGGCGAGCAAUGGACACGGCACGGCGGCCCCCGGCACCGCCAGGCUCCCGUGGCGGCACCCCCGCGGCAGAGGGCACAGACGGCGCGGCCAGCACAGCUCUGCGCGCCGUCCCUCGGCAAGGACACUGCUCCCGGCCCCGCGCCUCUGCCGAGCCACCUCAGCGCCCGGCGGGCAAAAGCGGCUUUCUAGGGCUCGCAGAGCAGCGGGGAGCCUUCGUGUGACAGCGGUGUGACAGGCGCAGAGGCAGCGGAGGAGCCGGGGAGCUGCACCCUGCCCUGAGGAGCCAGGUACGGUGCCGGUGCGGGGCUGCGCCGCCUGGGUCCCGCAGGGCAGCGGGGAGGGUGCGGGUGGAACGUCCUGCCUCACCUCCUGUCGGGCCACUGAGGCCUCCCAAGAUGCCUCUCUGCAAAGCAGUCCUUCUACUUAAGGGUAAAUAAAAAUAAAAAGAAGCUAGGAAAGCACUGCA